UUGUCGCCUCGUGUUCAGAUGUCCAUCACUUUCGGACCUACACGCCCAAUUGAGGCCAUAAACUGCAGUAAAAGGUGUGUGCUUCUUCUCCACGCAUUUGCGACAUCUUCCUUCACCUCUUCCAUGUUGUGGUUAUCGAACAACUCCUUGCUGUCAUGUUGUUGAUUCUGCUUUCUUUAUCUCUUCUUCUGUUAGAUCAAGCUUCGCUGGGUCUUGCUCAACAAUGUCGGUUACUAAUUGGUGGUAAGGACCUUGGCGUUGGCGCACCUUCGCCGACGUCUGCUUCACCAACGCACACGUCUGUGAAUGGUGUCGCGACGGGUAGUUCUGGCCCUUCUGCCAGUAGUUCUAACAGUCCUACACCUACGCCUUUCAAAUAUGGACAAGAAAUCAUUCGUGGAGUCAACCUUGGAGGAUGGUUCGUUCUGGAGCCCUGGAUAACGCCAAGUCUCUUCCAGAAGACAAAUGACAGUGCCAUAGUGGACGAGUUUACUCUUGGACAGAUGCUCGAUGAUGAUACCGUUCUUGAGAUUCUACAGAACCAUUGGCAGACUUGGUUUACAGAGGACGACUUUGAAGCGAUCAGCGCUGCCGGCCUGAAUCACGUUCGAAUACCCAUCGGCUACUGGUCGGUACCUAUCACGUCUGCAGACACGAACCAUACCACCUCCAUAGCACCCUACACGGCGGGUGCAUGGCCAUACUUCAUUCAAGCUCUCAACUGGGCGAAGGCGCACGACCUCCAUGUCAUUGUCGACUUACACGGGGCCCCUGGAUCUCAGAAUGGUUUCGAUAAUUCCGGUCAACGGACUGGCAAUCCCACUUGGGGCAGUGACCAAGACAGCGUCCCGAGAACCCUAGAUAUCAUUCAAUUCAUGGCAGAGAAAGUCGGUGGAAUGAUCGACGUGCUUGAGCUGCUCAACGAACCUGCAGCUUACAGACAGUCUGUGAACAAUGUAUUGCCGAAUUUCUGGAAGCAGGGCUACCAGGUCGUUCGGCAGGCCGCUGGGGGUUCUAUAAAGAUCAUGAUUGGCGAUGGUUUUAUUGGUGUAAAUAGCUGGCAGAACUUCUUGACAUAUCCUACUGCCCAAGGUGUCUUCAUGGAUUUCCAUGAAUACCAAAUAUUCAACUUCGAUCAACUAGAGCUAUCCUUGUCUGGACACAUAAACUAUUCAUGUCAAGUCAUGAACCAACUCACGUCUUACGAACAAUCAAACAUCUUCACCAUCAUAGGCGAAUGGUCCGUGGCGCCGACAGACUGCGCGAAGUGGCUGAACGGUCGUGGGGUUGGUGCUCGCUGGGAUGGGACUUGGCAGCCAGGCAAUCCGACAUUUGGGUCCUGCAGUAACAUGACUGGAGAUAUGAGCAAUUUCAGCGAUGACUACAAGACGUUCCUUAGAAAAUAUUGGGAGGCGCAAGUCAAUAUCGGCGAGGCCGUGCAGGGAUGGGUCUUCUGGACCUGGAAGGUAGAGAAUGCUGAUGACUGGAGUUACCAGCGCGGACUUGAAGGAGGCUGGAUUCCUCAGGAUCCGACAGAAAGGUUAUACCCCAAUCUUUGCAGUUGAACAUCAUCUUAGCUACAGUUCGGACCACUUUCUUGAGAUGCAUCAUUGUAUUCGUAUUCAUAAGACUGUUGUAACAUAUACAUUUAUCUGAUAGAUCCCACACGCAACAUAAAUACAAUACACGGUGAUUGCUUCAUAAUUAUACAAAUUGCUGGCACAUCUACCAGAAG